AUGGAGAAGUCUACAUGGUGCUCCCUCCCGGCUUCCAAAGCUCAAAACCAAAUCAGCCAAUCGAAAGUUGAUCCUUCCCUAUUCAGCAAAGGGAAUGGCAACACUUUUAUUGUUCUACAUGUGUACGUUGAUGAUAUUUUAGUAGCAAGUGCCAACAUGGAGUUAAUCACAGAGCUUAAGAUGUUCCUAGACAACACUUUCAAGAUCAAAAAUCGUGGCCCUUUAGGCUAUUUCCUGGGAAUAGAAGAAAAAUCAUCAACAGAUGACCUAAAUAUAUGCCAACGCAAAUAUGUAUUGGAAAUUCUGGAAGAAACUGGCUUCCUUGGAUGCAAGCCCGCAAGCACACCCAUGGCGCAAAACCUGAAGCUUAAUCAUGAUGGAACACUUCCGGAUGAUCAUACUAGUUAUCGAAGGCUUGUUGGGAAGUUGCUAUACCUCACUACUACAAGACUCGACAUUGCCUAUGUCAUCCAACAGCUAAGCCAAUUUGUUGAUGCCCCAACAAAUCAUCACCUAACUGCGGCUCACCGAGUACUGAGGUACAUUAAACAAUCACCAGGGCAAGGCCUCUUUUAUCCAGUCAGCACAAAUUUGCACCUAAAGGUAUUCUCCAAUUUGGAUUGGGCUAAUUGUAGUGAGACUCGAAAGUCCAUCACGGGGUAUUGUGUCUUCCUGGGAUUUGCCUUAAUUUCGUGGAGGUCCAAGAAACAAGCAACGGUAUCAAGAUCAUCUUCCAAAGCUGAGUACCGUGGCUUGGCAGACACCGUAUGUGAAGUGCAAUGGUUGAGAUAUCUUCUACAUGAUAUGCAGGUUACACUUACCAAGCCUACAACCAUCUUUUGUGACAGCAAGUCGGCAGUGGCAACCGCUGAAAAUCAUUUAUUUCAUGAACGGACGAAACAUAUUGAUAUUGAUUGUUGUGUCGUCUGGGAGAAGCUUAGCAAGGGUUGA